AUGAACAACUCAGGACUAAGUUUAGCUACUAUUGAGCCACUUAAUGGACACAACUUUAAGAAGUGGAGGUCUGAUAUUGAGCUGUACCUGGGAAAUAUUGAUAAUUGUUUAACUAAAGAGGCACCUGUGAUUACUAAUGCAAGCACAGCCCAAGAUAGGGUGAAGUUUGUUAAGUGGAUUAGGGCCAAUAGGAUGUCUCUGUUGAUUAUGAAAAGGCUUAUGAGUGAUGCUGUGAAGGGUAGCUUCCCAGAUAAGGCAACAGCAAGAGAGUAUCUGGACUUAAUUGCAGAAAUGUUCAAAGAGAAUGAAAAAGCUGAAACUAGCAUUCUGUUGAACACCCUGAAUAAUCUGAAGUAUACUGCUUCUGUGGGAAUUAGGGAGCAUAUAAUGAAGUUCAUUGAUGUUGCCACAAAGCUGAAAGACUUAGAUAUGCCUCUGCAAGACCAGCUUAUACCCUUAUAG